GCGCCCCAGUGCCGGGGAAUGCAGUGGUCCCAGACCCCUGGCGCCUCUCCGUGUCUGGGCUGGGCCUCUUCGCUCGCCUGUUCCGCGACCACGACGCUCCUGAGCCGCGCCGGCCAGGCCCCCCUCAUGGCGGCCAAGUGGUUCAAAGAGUUCCCCCUGAACCUGAAGACCGUGUCGGAGCGGGCCAAGCCCGGGGGCGGCGUCGGCGGCAAACUGCGCAAGAACUCGGAGGCGGCCGGCGGGGCGCUCACUGCGGGCAAGGGCCGCAAGAACUCGGCGGCUGAGCUGGGAAGCGGUAGGGCCGGGGUUGGCCCCCUCAAGGACAGCCGGCUGUCCCGGGACAGCCUGCAGGGUCUGAUUCAGGCUGCCGCAGGCAAGGGCCGCAAGAACUCCCGGGCCACCGAGGAGGACCCCCACCGGGGCGCGGCCAAGAGCUCGGGCUGCAGCACCUACAUCAACAGGCUCAUCAAGGUGGACACUCAGGAGAAGAAUGGAAAGAGCAACUACUCCAGCAGCAGCAGCAGCGGCGGCAGUAGCAGCAGCAGCAGCAGCUCUUCCUCCGCGUCCUCUUCCCCUUCCUCCCUGGGCCCUGAGCUGGACAAGGGCAAGGUUAUUAAGCAGCAAGACACGGUCAUCAUUUUAGAAGACUAUGCUGACCCUUAUGAUGCCAAACGGACAAAGGGUCAAAGAGAUGCAGAGAGAGUAGGAGAGAACGACGGUUACAUGGAACCGUACGAUGCACAGCAGAUGAUAACAGAAAUUAGACGACGCGGUUCCAAAGAUCCCCUAGUGAAGGCCCUUCAGCUGCUUGACAGCCCUUGUGAGCCAGGGGAGACCGGCAUGAAGUCAGAGACUUUGGCCAAAAGACAGAGUUCCAAGGACCUCCCGGGGAAGGCGCCACAGCUGUAUGACACUCCCUACGAGCCUGCGGAAGGGGGCCCCAGGGCAGAGGGGAAAGGUCGGCCUGCAGACGGCCGGCUGCCGGAGAACGACGAGAGGCCAGCGGCCGAGUACGAGCAGCCCUGGGAGUGGAAGAAGGAGCAGAUCGUGCGGGCGCUGUCAGUCCAGUUUGAAGGAUCUGAUCGACCUUCUGGCAGGGAGGAGACAGUGAGGCAGCACCACCGGCAGAAGAGCUGGACCCAGAAGAUCCUGAAGCCAGCCCUCUCUGAUCACAGUGAGGGGGAGAAAGUGGACCCGGGCCUGGCCCUGGAGAAGCAGCCUUGGUAUCAUGGUGCCAUUACCCGUGCUGAGGCUGAGAGUCGACUACAGCCCUGCAAAGAAGCUGGUUACCUGGUUCGAAAUAGCGAGUCAGGGAACAGUAGGUACUCUAUUGCACUAAAGACUAGUCAAGGAUGUGUCCACAUCAUAGUGGCUCAGACCAAAGACAACAAAUACACACUGAAUCAGACGAGCGCUGUGUUUGACAGCAUCCCGGAAGUGGUACACUAUUAUUCCAAUGAAAAGUUGCCUUUCAAAGGUGCAGAACACAUGACCUUACUCUACCCUGUGCACAACAAGCUUCACUAAGUGUCAGCUACAAAAAGCCCUGGGCCUCUGGCACCUAAGUGGGGAUCAGCACAGCACCCCACCAGUCUCUCAGUGGACAAGGCUUGGCUGCUCCUUAAUAACUGGAAGAAAGUGGGAAUCUUCAUUUAAAAGUCAAAAAGUCUUUGAUCUUGAAUCAUUCCAUGACAAUUGGUUUCUGUCCCAUGUCUCCUUGAUAAGCAGUCCUAUAGUAAGAAAUCAUAAUUUAUCUGUUGCCUCCAACUCUGGAAUAGGGCAUUCUAUCUGGGGUAUGACCCUCAGGAAAGGUAAGUCAGGAGUUCAGGAGCAUCACCGUUCUCUGGAAGCGUGCUAGCUGUUACCUGGGAUACCUGGUCUCUAAACAAACCAACAGAAAAACUGCUUGGCUUUUACGUGUAAUUGUGUGGACCAGAAGAGCGUGUAAUGUUGAACUCAUUAUUGGGGAAAUGGAUGCACAGUGGAAAAUGUGAAUGAUGGGAAAGAGAGGUGUCUUUUGCCCUCAAGUGUCCUAAUGCAGCUCUGGAGUUCAUAGAAAUUGACAACUUUAGGGUCUGGCAAAAAGAUUAUUUUGUUGAUCAGCCUUCCUAAGAAAGUUUGUGCUUUCUCAAUCUCUGUGAACUUUUUCAUCAUUGUUUAGCAAAUCAGUGAUGUAAGCCUACAUAGGAAGGAAAAUGUCCCACAUUUAAGAAUCAUGAGUAUAAUUAAGCAUUGGCAUCAUUAUUAUAAUUCUGAAUUAUAGAAUAAAAUACACAACAAAGAUUUCAUUUUUAAUUUUUAAAAAUUCUGAAAAUUUAACCAAGUUCAACAGCUAUUUUCUUAUUGGAUAAUUAUAUAGAACUUCUGAUAUCUGUUGUUUCAUCUUUAUACAUUUUAGUUGCCAUGGAAUCGUUUUUAAUUUUGUUUCUAAAAUUAGAUUUCCUUUUAUUUUUAGUAAAUUAAAACAAAAAUACAAGACUGGCCUAUGAGCUCAGUUGGUUAGAGCAUGGGCUGAUAACACCAGCAAUGUCCAGCAUUCUGUCCCUCUAACGGCCAGCCGCCAAAAGAUAUAUAUGUACACACACACACACGCACACGCACACGCACACACACACACACGCACACAACUCUGGGAUCUGAUUGUAUGAACUUCAUCUUUAAAGCCUGCACAGAUUCUCUUUCUGUGCAGAGCAGUGCAGUUCACGCUGUACAAAAGUAUUUUAAAAGACUUUGAGCUUUUCUCUAACUACUAUUACUUGAUACUAAAUUAAUAUUCAUAGUAUUGUUAUCUGUAUGAUUAUCAUGAACUUAUAUUGCCAGUUUACUUACUGUGAAAACAAAAUGUGGGAAUGGUGUACUGUGAGAAGAAUUCUAUGGUGAGUGGCUCUAUAAUUAAAACUGAACAGAUGUUUCUGUACUCUGAGGUUUGUAAUUUGUUUCUUGUAACUGGCCCAGAUGCAAAUGUGCUGUCAUCAAUGAAAAGUUAACUUUUGUAGCUUCUUUUAAAUACACAAAAAAAUGUUGAUUUGGUUAAUUUUUAGGAAACCAUAUCUUUCUAGUUAUUAGUUAUCAUUUGACUAUUGUGAUUUAGAGGUUAGUAAUUUUUUACUUCUUUAUUCAUUUAAGAUCUUAGCCAAAGGGUAGUGUGUCCUUUGAUUUAAAAAAAUUUGAGAACAACUUUUUCUCACUGGAACACUAUGAUUUUAUUAAUAAAGAAUAUUGCUUUUUAAAUAUUGAUAGAACUUUUAAAAUGUGUUGGUUCAUGUACUAUAUCUUUAGUACAAGAUUUAAAAAAUUUUUUUCAGCAUUCAUAGUUCCAAUUCCAUUCAACAAAUAUUUAUUAUCUUCUAUAUACAAAUUAUUCAUUGUGUUAAACUUACGUUUAGUUCAGCAUUCGGGAAACGAAACCUUAUUUUUUACUUAAGCUUAUUCUACAAAGUGAAUACAUAAGUUAUC